AUGGUCAAAGGAGGAGACUUCAGCCAUAACACCCUCAUCACGGCCAACCGCAUCACGGUCAACAACCUCACGGCCAACAACAUCACGGUCAACAACAUCACGGUCAACAACAUCACGGUCAACAACAUCACGGUCAACAACAUCACGGUCAACAACAUCACGGUCAACAACAUCACGGCCAACAACAUCACGGCCAACAACAUCAAGCAUGGAGCCACAAUAAUGCACAUGGCAGAGCAUUCCAGCAUAAUGGAGCCGUGCACGGAAAUGUCCACCACGAACACGGAGAUCGUAACGAACACAAUGGUAAUAUCAAUAACGAUUACGGUCAAAGCAAUGGCACGCUUAACCAAGAGCUCGUGCGGGCUGUCGCGAACGGUGAUGCACAAGAAGUAA